UUAGGGAUUUUUUGUUUCAUUUCAAAUAUAGCAAAUUUUAUUUGUGCAGCAGAUAAAUUAUUUCCAUGUAAAGGGCGAGUCGGAUCGCACGUGUCCAAAAUUUGAAACGUGGAUUUCCGAUUUCGGACCCAACCGCCUUUUUCCAAUUCAAUUUUUUGGGACCUUAGUAAAUUCCAUUACUACCCUUCACUUUCUCUCUAUUCAUUCUUCUCUCCUCCUUUUUCCAGAUUUCAAAUUGAAUAGCCGCCUGUCUCUCUCUCUCUCUCUCUCUCUCUCUCUCUCUCUCUCUCUCCUUCGAACGUAUUUGUCGAGUUCAAAAUCAAUCCUUCCGUUGUCAGCUAAACAAUAUAGCAAAAUCUAGGGUUUCGGUUUCUGGCGAGGAUUUCUAAUUUGGGUGAAGAUGGACCAUUGUGAGUCUUCGCAGAGCGUGAGGGUUGCUGUAAACAUCCGGCCGCUUGUCACGCCUGAGCUUCUCAUUGGCUGUACAGACUGUAUAACUGUCUAUCCCUCCGAAAAACAGGUUCAAAUUGGAUCACAUUCAUUCACAUAUGAUAACGUCUUUGGUAAAAGAGGAUGCUCGUCUUCAUCAUCAAUAUUUGAUGAUUGUGUUGCUCCAUUAGUUGAUGCCCUUUUCCAUGGGUAUAAUGGCACCGUACUUGCAUAUGGCCAGACUGGUUCGGGAAAAACGUAUACCAUGGGUACAAAUUAUAAUGGUGAAGAACAAAGGAAUGGUGUCAUUCCUAGAGUGAUGGAUACUAUUUUCUCAAAAGUGGAUACUAUGAAAGAUGCUGGAGAGUGCUUGAUUAGAGUAUCUUUCAUUGAGAUUUUCAAGGAAGAGGUGUUUGAUUUGUUAGAUCCAAAAACCACAGGCCCUGCAAGAGUACCAAUUCAAAUAAGAGAGAGAGUGGGCGGAGGUAUUACCCUUGCUGGUGUUACCGAGGCAGAGGUGAGGACAAAGGAAGAGAUGGCUUCAUAUCUUUUGCAAGGCUCGUUGACUCGAGCCACAGGAAGCACUAAUAUGAACAGCCAAUCAAGCCGUUCCCAUGCCAUUUUCACCAUAUCAAUGGAACAAAGGAAAAUAACUGGCGACGAAAUUGGUGAUGAUGUUUUGACUGCAAAGCUUCAUCUUGUAGAUCUUGCAGGCUCUGAGCGUGCAAAACGAACUGGUGCAGACGGAUCACGCCUUCAAGAAGGUAUUCAUAUCAAUAAGGGAUUGUUGGCGCUUGGUAAUGUGAUCAGUGCUCUGGGAGAUGACAAGAAGCGAAAAGAAGGAGGUCAUGUUCCUUACAGGGACAGCAAGCUAACUCGCAUAUUACAGGAUUCCCUUGGCGGAAAUUGCAAAACCGUCAUGAUUGCAUGCAUUAGCCCUGCUGACACGAAUGCUGAGGAGACACUGAACACAUUGAAGUAUGCAAAUCGUGCACGGAACAUUCAAAACAAAGCAAUUAUUAACCGUGAUCCAGCGACAGCUCAGAUGCAACGGAUGCGAAGUCAGAUUGAACAAUUGCAAGCGGAGUUACUUUACCUCCGUGGAGACUCGAAUGUACCAGCUGAAGAAGUUAAAAUUCUUAAGCACAAAAUAUCUUUACUUGAAGCAAGUAAAAUGGAACUACAGGAGGCACUUCAAGAAUGCCGAAUGAGUUAUGACCAUCUGACACAGCGUGCUAUUGAUGCUCAGGUGGAAAGGGAUAGACUAAUUAUGAAAAUCGAAUUAAUUCAGAAUGGCAAGUCUUUGGAUGACAUAGACGGCAAGGACCUUGAUUUGGUGAAAAGCUACAUUACAAAGAUUCAGGAGCUAGAGGGUGAAUUAAUAAGGUUACGACAUUCAAACCGUCUAAAACCGGAGAAUUCCGCCGAUUAUCUCGAUUUAGAAGAUGAUGGUGCUCACUCAAGAAAUGAGUAUUUCAUGGAUUCUGAUAUGAAAACUGUGGAAACAGAAGGUGUGGUUGAAGAUGUGGAAAAAGAGAUCGAACAUACUUCUCUUCAGGAAAAAUUGGACAGAGAACUGAAAGAAUUGGAUAAAAAACUUGAAGAGAAGGAGGCUGAAAUGAAGCAGUUUGCGGGAUCCGAUACAUCUGUUAUUAAGCAGCAUUAUGAGAAGAAACUUCAAGACAUGGAACUAGAAAAGAGGGCUUAUCAGAAAGAGAUUGAAGAACUCAGACAUAAUCUUGCAAUUAUCUCUUGCAAUUCUGAUGAUAGUGCUCAAAAGCUCAAGGAAGAGUAUCUUCAAAAACUCAAUGCCCUUGAGACACAGGUUUCCGUGUUGAAGAAAAAACAGGAUGCUCAAGCUCAACUACUGAGACAAAAACAAAAGAGUGACGAAGCUGCAAAAAGACUACAAGAUGACAUACAGAGGAUAAAGACACAAAAGGUUCAAUUACAACAAAAGAUAAAGCAAGAAUCUGAGCAAUUCAGGCUAUGGAAAGCAUCUCGAGAAAAAGAAGUGCUUCAGCUAAAAAAGGAGGGAAGAAGAAAUGAAUAUGAGAUGCAUAAGCUAUUGGCUCUCAACCAGAGGCAAAAGCUGGUCUUGCAGCGAAAGACUGAAGAAGCUGCUAUGGCUACAAAACGACUUAAAGAGUUGCUAGAUUCUCGAAAAGCUCCACGUGAAAUGCCUGGAAGUAACAAAGGCCCUGGAAGUCAGGCAUUAGUACAGGCUAUCGAGCAUGAACUUGAUGUUACUGUGGGAGUACAUGAAGUGCGGUCAGAAUAUGAGCGGCAAAUGAAAGAGAGGGCUAAAAUGGCCGAGGAAGUUGCCCGUUUGAAGGAAGAAGCACUGAUACAAAAGCAGCAGGACUUUAGUGAAUUUCCGCAAACAAUGUCUCCUGGCGCUCGAAAUUCAAGGGUUUUCGCUCUGGAGAAUAUGCUCUCUACUUCUUCAAGCACUCUUGUUUCCAUGGCAUCUCAAUUGUCAGAAGCCGAGGAGCGUGAACGUGCAUUUAGUGGCAGAGGAAGGUGGAACCAAGUUCGUUCUCUUGCUGAAGCGAAAAAUAUCAUGAACUUCCUUUUUAACCUGGCAUCAUCCUCCAGAUGCCACCUAAGAGAUAUGGAAGUUGACUGCCGAGAGAAGGACUCGGAAAUUAGAGAUUUGAAGGAAAAAGUAGUCAGUUUGGUUAGAGAACUGGAGCUAAGGAAGGCUGAACUCAGUCGUAAGGAAAAUGCAAUGAAGUUGGCUUUGGAGAGACGAUCUAAAGAAAUAAAAGAAGGGUUUGAAACUUCUGGUUCUAACAACAGCGACGGGCAUGUGUAUGACUUGCGAUCCAAGGGAUCCCGAAACUACGCUCUUCUUAAUAGUGGAGUGUACGGGUCCCAGUUGCUCGAAGACAUGGAUACAUCUGAUGAUGAUGAGUCUGAAGAGUCGAAUCUAUCGAACGAUGACGAAGUUGAGUGGGUUCGGACGAAAGAAAGACCAAGGCGCCAAAGUAGGAGAAGGAACACAACCUCUGUUGAGGGAGUAUGCUGCACCUGCAGCAAAAGUUCUUCGUGCAAGACAUCGAGAUGUGAAUGCCGAGCUGCAAGCGGUAUGUGCAGUUUGACCUGUACCUGUACGGCUAGUAGAUGCAGCAAUAGGGUAGAAAUAGCUCCAAACGGCUUAUUGCAACAAGAAACGAUUGAAAAUGGUGGCAAUUUGUUUGGAUCGGAUGAAAGGCAGAGAAGUCACGAUCUUGCUUCACAUGGUGUAAUGCUACUCCAGACUGCCUUAUCUGAGAAGCCUGGGAAUGCAAAUGAAGGUAGAGUCGUAAGGAAGCCAUUAUCUGACAUUGGCAAUAGCUUGGCAAAAUCCGGCGCACCAAAACAGAAUAUCAGGAAAAAAUGGCGCAAGUCGGUUAUUCAACUUGUACCUGCUACGCCACCUGUGCCUCAACCUCAGAAUGUUGAAGUGCCAGAACAGUCAAAAGCUAAUGCAGAGCAGUCAAAAGCUAAUGCAGAAAGUGACAUUCCUUUGAAGUUACCGAGAGCAAUGCGGUCUACUUUGACAACUAAUAACAAUCAGUUUAAAGAGAAGAACUCAGAGCAUCAGCCUAACGAGUCGGUCAGUACUGAUAUAUGCAAUUCAUCUUCACUUGGAAGUCCUCUUCCGGAAGCAAAAAUGAAAAAUGGCAAAGAAAACAGAGGACUAUAGUGCUGAGAAAUUGAAGUUGUUGUUGGAGUAUAAAAUUCUGUAGAUCGUUGGGAACUGUGAGUUCUAAUUUAUGUGGUUGGUGGUUUGCCUUUUGUGUUUAAUGGAACUUUUUUGAGUUGUUGAUUUUCCACCGUUAACAUUGUUUGUAUUGAAUGAAUGAAUGAAUGAUCGGCGUCGCAAGUGCAGAAAUUUGCAUUGCCGUUGGUGAUUGUUGAUUUAACUAGUGUAUGGUACAUUGUCUCUUUUACAAAUUGUGCAGUUGUAAUUUAGUCCCCUUGUUUGC